GAGUACAAAUCGUUCGAACGAACACACAGUGCUGCCAGAGGGCAUAGUGUUACAAUCAACGCAGACACGACGUUCUUCCUUUCAUUUGAACGGCGACGACGACAUCCCAGAGUGAUCUACUCUGGUAUGUCGUCGUCAGGAUCAAGUCGGCUAUGGGUCGGCCCAUUAUUGCUCAUACUUGUCAUAGCCUUGAUCUAUAUAUUCAGUCUUAUGCCGAAUACACCACCUCCGAGAGAGCUUACACCACUUAUCGACGACGCUCAUCAUGUCCGUACAUUCCGCUUAGGAGAUCAUGAGAUUACCGAGUCGUUCGAUGAUUUGAAAGCCGAUGUUCCACCAGAACUUCUCUCAUCAUCGUGUCUAAAUGGUGGUUUUCUAAACGAAACCGAUGGUGCUUGCGUUUGCUUACAUCUAUAUAAGGGUGCACACUGUGAGAUUCCGAUUUGUUCGAAAUUCGGGCGAUAUUCGGAGAAAGAAGGACGAUGUGUGUGCGAAGGUGACUAUGUUGGCGAUCAUUGUGAAUCACGUUGUCAUGGUUGGGUCAAUCAAACAACUGGUGAAUGCCAAUGUUCUGGUCGACUUUUCGGCAAAGCAUGUGAUUUGGUUUGCGUCGAAGGUCAAGUUGUCGAUGGUCGAUGUCGAUGUAGGGAAGGCUACAUGGGUUUGUCUUGUGCCACAUGCGAUCCUACAUCUGGUCGAGAAUGUGAAAUUCCUUCAAAACGACGAGGUGCAGUAAAUUCUCGACUCACUUUGAGCGGAUUGUCAUUUUGUAUGAUCACGAUAGGUCUGCUCUGCGUUACGGCAAGAAGGCGUCGGGCUGGACCACUUCCACCAUCAGAAGACACCUGGUACAGAGUGUUCCAACCGGCUCAGUCCAGGGCUGCUAGGUGUCGACAUGAUUUGAUGUGUGGAAAUUCAUGGAUGCCAAGAGAUCGAGCGCUUCUUGUAGCUCCCGGUAGAGCCGCAGUCGUGCACGGAAGUAGAAGUUCCAGUCGCGGACGACAUCUUGCGACACCACCACCCAGCUAUACUUCUGUCGAUAAUCUCACUGAUGAUCAAAUGCCGCCUACCUACGAGGAAGCGACACGAAAUUUGGAGAAUUCCCCAACCAGUGCAGCCUUGAUCCAGGAGCUCAUCGACGAAACAGUGCAAACUGCUGAGGCUAAGGAGGAUUCACCGGACGUUGCCGAGACGAGCGCGAAUCGCACGACUACCACAGCCGAGACACAAACGACGCAAGAAGACGAGAAUGCGAAUACCACGACAUCUUUGUCUAGUUCAGUGUGAUCUUAGCCAGGAACUAAUUAGAGUAUUUUCUCGCAUUGGUGUGAUGAUAUCUGCCAGGCUCAGGCACUUUGGUGAAUGCAUUGCGCAGGUGGACAGCUGGCACAAAGUUAGGCAAGCACAGUUAGGGACAGCAGGCUUAUGUCAAAUUAGAACCAACUAAUUUUGAAACAUCCUUUCAGAAGAAACCCGCCGACCCCCCUUGCUUUCUUUGUUCAUAAAGUUAAAUUCUUUUCUCAUUGUCUAGGCUACUAUAUCUCUAUAGUGAGCUCGCUUCACUUUCGCAAGGUGGUUCACUCUAUCCUCUUACCCAGUUUAGGGUAAAAGUUACGCCAACAUUGCCGUACACUUCUCUCUAGCAAAUUCCUGGGGUGCUCGUUGUAAAUACAUUUCCAUGCGAGGUUUUUAUAGAGCUGGUAUUGUACUUUUUACUUUUUUAUAUGUUUUCAUGUUCAAUUACCCAGUAAGAGAUUAGCCGUUAUUGUUCAAACCACGCAGUACACUUGUCGAUCAACUGUUUCGAUUAUUUUGACGUAAUUUUGAGCUAGCAACAAUUGUUGCAAAUCGCAAACACUGUCGUGAAAUCAAACUAGUCAAAUGAGUGCCCUAUGGGUUUUUUUUAUUGUCCCCUCGUUGUUGUCGUAUUGCUGCUAACUUCUCUAUCGCUGGUCAUAUUUGUGACGAGAUCAAAUUGUAUUUUUUUACUGAUUUACGGGUCAAUAGAAUGUUUAUCUUAUGAAGAACUGUUACGAAACAUAA